AUGGUUUACAAAAUCAGGCUUCAGCUGUGCAGAAGUUUGUUUUCACAGUUUAAAGCACCGCAUUAUUCUGCACUGUGUGGACACCAGUUAUCACUAGAUUGUAUUGUCAAGGUACAGUUCAUAAUGUGGUCCAGUAGAACCGAACAGCUGGUGGUGGUAUGGCUGAUCAUAAAAUGUCUGGUGCUGCUUGAUCCUGAUGUUCCCAAGUUUGAUCCUAAUCUUCCAUUCUAUAAUGACCAACUUGCAUUAGGAUUGGCAAUGAAUGUAUAUAAAGAUCAAUGCUGGGGAAGCUAUAGAUACACUUUGCAACCACCAGAACCAAAAUCAGUAAUGACAGAAUAUGCUUACAUUGACAUACAAAACCCUGGAAAUUUGUCUAGUCUGUGUUGGUUGCAGGCAGAGCCACCACUCAGCAGCAAUAAAGUGGACAUUCCAGAAAAUUCUUUCUCUGUGUAUUUUUCUGCUUUGAAUUUCAAGGACCUUAUGAUGGCAACUGGAAAACUCCCAAUUAAUGUUCUCCCAGGACAAUUAUCAGAACAGAACAGCAUACUUGGUCUGGAAUUCUCUGGGAAAAACAGAAAUGGUAGACGAGUGAUGGGCAUUCUUCCUGGCCAAGGCUUUGCAACUAAUGUUAUUGCUGAACAAGUUUAUGAUGUUCCACAGUCAUGGACUUUAGAGGAUGCAGCUACAGUACCUGUUGUCUACACUACAGCAUAUUACGCUCUCAUCAUAAGAGGAAGGCUGAAACAUGGAGAGACCGUUCUGAUUCAUGCAGGUAGUGGUGGUGUGGGGCAGGCAGCUAUCUCAAUUGCACUGCACAUGAAUUGUACUGUGUAUACUACAGUUAGUAACCAUCAUAAAAAACAAACACUUUGUUCAAUAUUCCCACAGCUUAAGGAAUGCAACUUUGCAAAUUCAAGAGAUACAAGCUUUGAACAACAUAUUCUGAGGGAAACUCAAGGAAGAGGGGUGGAUCUUGUUCUCAAUUCUCUUUCUGGAGAUAAACUACAAGCCUCAGUUCGAUGUGUUGCUGAAUAUGGACGUUUCAUUGAAAUUGGCCAAUAUGAUCUGUAUACAGACAAACAACUAGGUCUUGGUGUGUUUCUGAAAAAUAUUUCAUUUCAUGGAGUCCGUCUGGAUGUACUUUUUGGAUCUCAUCAUGAUGAUGAACUGUAUCAGCUGAAAGAGUUAAUGGAGGAAGGAAUAAGAAAAGGUGUUGUAAAGCCUUUGCCCAGGAAAGUGUUUUCAAGAAAUCAAGCAGAAGAGGCUUUUAGGUACAUGGCUAGUGGACAUCAUAUAGGAAAAGUUCUGCUUUGCAUCAGGGAAGAAGAAAAACACAAUGAGUCCAAGAUAUCCCAGCCCUUGAGGGUACAGGCAAAACCUAGGAUUAGCUUCACUCACAAUGCAGUCUGUAUUGUUACAGGUGGUCUUGGAGGAGUUGGCCUCCAGCUAUCAAACUGGCUAGUUUCACGUGGCCUACGACAGUUGGUCAUUACAUCUAGAAGAGGUGCAUGCACAGCAUAUCAGCAGCUUUGUCUGGAAAGAUUGAGGAAAAAGGGUGUGGCAGUGUAUGUUGCUGUGGAUAAUAUGUGCACAAAUGAUGGAGCAAAAAGCAUUAUAAACCAGGCAAAUAAAAUGGGCACUGUCAUUGCAAUAUUUCACCUGGCUGUAGUAAGUAACACACUUUUUCUCUUAUGUGAAACUGCUUACAGCAAUAGCAUGAUAGAUAGUUACCAGGAGACUCUCUUAAGGGAGGAGGCUGUGCUGAUCUAA